AUGGAUGGUAGAUUAUUUGCUCAUAAUGUUGCAGUGAAGAUGGGUGGAUUACCAAUACAGAGUCCUUCUGUCAUCUCUCUUCAAUCACAGAGGGACCAAGGCCCGACGUCUGUAUCAUCUGGGCCUGGAUCAGAUUCGAAGCCCAAGAAGAGGAUUUGCUGCGCUUGCCCUGAGACCAAGAAGCUAAGGGACGAAUGCGUUGUGGAGCAUGGAGAAUCUGCUUGCGAGAAAUGGAUCGAAGCCCACAAGAAAUGCCUCCGUGCGGAAGGCUUCAACGUCUGA